UAUGAUAAAUAAUUUAUCCAGAUAUAGAGACUCGGAAAAGAUCUUAAUUCCGAAGGACGCCAUUUGUUCUGGCGUUCAAACCGUCUCACGAGAAUGAAAGAAAAUGUUUUUGUGUACAUUUUGCUGUUCUGGAUCCAAAAGGAACAUUUCGGAGUUUGGUUCGUUCAAGGAAGCUGUGAUUCACCCCUGGGACUUGAAGACCAUUCUAUUCUUGGCUCAUACAUAUCAGCAUCUUCCUGGUAUAACGCAUACCAUGGUCCACAAAAUGCCAGACUUAACUUGGUCCGGACCGCUUCUCACGCAGGCGCAUGGUGCGUCAAGUACUACUCAUCAGGCGAAUGGUUACAGGUUAACUUAAGAAGGAUAAUGAAGAUUACGGCGAUUGCUACACAAGGGAGAGAAGACUAUUCUCAGUGGGUUAAAUCAUACAAAAUCUGUUAUGGACAAUCUCUGAGCGGCUUUUGUGAACCACUUAAUCAGGUAUUUGUUGGAAAUGUUGACACAGGAACAGUGGUUACCCAUCAGUUUAGCAAACCUCUCUAUGCUCGCUUUGUGAGGCUUAUUCCUGUAACAUGGCAGAAACGCGCUUGCUUAAGGCUCGAGCUUUACGGCUGCAAGGAAGGUUUCACUCCACUCUCAGGCCCUGUGUGUAUGGAAAGUCUUGGAAUGGAAACCAGAAAAAUCCCUGAUUCCGACAUCACGGCAUCAUCAGUUUAUGAUUAUCGAUGCGCGCCCCACUAUGCAAGGCUACACCGGCACGUUACGUCCAACAGCGUAGGAGGGUGGUGCGCAAAAGUUAUUGAUCCAAAUCAAUGGUUACAAGUGAAAUUUGGUCAGCGGGUUGUAAUCAGACGUGUGGCAACCCAAGGGAGACAAAAUUAUGACCAGUGGGUGACGUCGUAUUCCUUGCGCUACAGCUCUGAUGGCUUGGUGUUCCAUCACUAUCAAACGAAUACAAAUCAAACGGUAUUCAGUGGUAACACGGAUGAUGGUACUGUGGUGAGCCAUGUUUUGAACCCACCAAUCACGGCCCGCUAUAUUCGACUUCAUCCUGUCACGUGGCAUAAUCACAUUUCUAUUAGGGUGGACUUUUACGGGUGCUUUCCAGCUCACAUCCUGGUAAUAUCCGAGACUAAGAUCGAUAGUUCGUAUCCUAAUAGCCAAUUUACCCUAAACGGAUACCACAUGUAUCGGAAAGACAGAGUAAAAGCUGGCGGAGGACUCAUUGUCUAUUUUUCCUCUGUUAUUCCAUCAAAGAAAUUAACACUACCGAGAGCAUACAAAACGCUUGAAGCUGUCGCUGUCGAAUCCAGGAUAGGGAGAACUGAUAUGGCAUUAAUUGCUAUCUAUAGGCCGCCUAGACCGUCUAGGAAAGGCAGAAAAAUGCCACCCGUGGACAAGUACCUUCAAAAAGUAGAGGAAGAAAUCAACGACAUCUGUCAGUGGCUAUGUUUUCAAAAACAAACAAUCGUCAUUUUUGGUGAUUUAAACAUGGACAGGUUACGACCUGACAGUGCUGAGGGAAAGAUUCUAACUGAUCUUCAAGAAAUAACAACUUGGAGUGCUUGA